AUGAAUAACUCGGUGUGUUUAUGGGAUGUAAUGCAUUUUGAACAUGAGGAAGCAAAUAACGAGAGCAGUGAGGUAGAAGAGAAUGGGGACUUACUGAAGAGGAGUAAACGAAAUACAAAAAGACUUUACAAAUGCAUGAAAUGCUCUAAGGUAUUUCCUUCUAAGUCUCAUUUAAAAGAACAUGAAAUCAGUCAUUCUGAUAGGCAACCAUACAGGUGCAUUGUCUGUGAUAAAGGUUUUAAAAGAAAGAAUGCUUUAAGCAAACACAUGCGUGUCUUUCACCCAGAUGGCCCAGACACUGUUCGUUGUUCUUGUGGUAGGGUAUAUGCUUCUCAAGAAUUGAUGGAAAAACACCAAGCAUGUAGUGGAAGUCACAGACUGUUAGUGUGUCCAGAGUGCGGAGCAUUAUACAAAACUGAUGCAAGUCUUAAAAGUCACAUGAUACUUCAUAAAGAAAGUGAAGGCAAUGGCCUCAAUUCUUCUUGGCCAUUUACAUGCCAUGCUUGUGGUAAAAAAUUUAGUAGCCAAGCAUCCCUGAACAACCACACUGCAAACUCCCAUAGUACCUAUAAUUUUCAGUGCCAACAGUGCGAUAAAAUAUGCAAAACUAAGAAGUUACUUUCUCAGCAUUGUUUAAGAAAGCAUAAAAUUGGUAGCAUUGAGUUUCCUUGCCCAGUGUGUAAUAAAGUAUUCUGUAUAUCAAAAGAUCUAGGGCGUCACAUGCAGUCUCAUAACCCAGAAGGCAUACAUGAAUGCUCUGUUUGCCAUUCAAAGUUUAAAACUUACUCCACAUUACAGUCUCACGUAAAAAUACACUCAAAAGGUAAACCUUAUGAUUGUGUUUUAUGUCUUCUUCCUUGCGAUACAAUUGAAAACUUGAAAGAACACAUUUUUUCACAUCACAAUAUUGAAAUAGCUGGUAAUGAUUUUUCACAGCAUUGGAAUCGUAAAUGUCUUAUAUGUGGUCAGAUUUUCCUUCGUCGAUCUGGUCUUGUAUUACAUAUGAAGUCACACUUCAAUUAUGAUAAUACUGAGCUUGUAUUUGUUGAAAACUGCAGUGAUAACACAAUUAGUGUCAAUACUGAUAUGAAAAAUGAACUAUGCCAAGCACCUCAUAAAGUAUUUACAGGGUUAACUCAAUUUAAGAAUCAUAAUAUAUCGGAAGAAGAUAGUUCUUUAAUGGCAGCGCAAGUCAAAGAAAAGGAAAUAGAGAAUGCUAAAAGUAAAAAUAAGGUACAAGCAAGACAAAGAAAGCAGAAGAUGUGGGAGGAGAGAGCGACUUCUCACAGUAGUGCAUUAAUGGAAUAUUUUGCAAAUGGUGACAAGAAUAUAAUGAAAAACCUUGUGGAAACUAAAAACGUAAGUGUUGUUGGUGAUGUGUGUGUACCUGAACAUGGUACUAUCACUAGGGAACAGACUGCAAAUGCUGAUCCUACCAAUGAUUCUCUUGCUGUUGAAUAUGAAACUUCUAGCGUGAAUACAAUUCCUGAUAUUGUGAAAGCUUCUACCUCAAAUGAAGAAGAAACUAAGUAUAUUUGUGGAGAAUGUGCAUUUGUGUUCACAGAUGUAAAUGAUCUCAAAACUCAUUUAUUGACAUGUUACCAACAAGAUACUAAUGAUGAAUAUGUUGUUGUAUUUGAAGUUGAUAAGCCAUAAAAAAUUCAGUUAUAAAAUUUCUUUUAUACUAUUUCCAAGACAAUAAAACUCUUCCUUUUCUUAUUUUCUUUUGUAAAAAUCUUUGUGUAAUGCAUGAACAAGAAAAACACAUAAUUGCAUGGACAUAUUAUAUUGCAUACUAAUUACAGCAUGGUAUUGUAUUGUAAACAUUACAAUUUAAUGUAAUAUAUUAUCACUUCCAAGUAUUAUUGUGGAAAUGCAAGUGCCAGACUAUAUUAUGGAAGCUACAUGGUCAGAUAUAUCUUGUAGUAUUCCUUACAGUAUUCUCUUUUGAAUAUCCUGCAUAAAAUACAACACUA